AUGAAGUCCACAAUCUUCAUCUCAAUUCUCCUUCUCGCGGUCUCAGUCCUCAGUGCCCCUGCCGCUACCCGGGUUUUCCUUCCCCGUUCCGACCUAAACAGAACGGCAGCAUUCACUUCUUCACCGACAGAAACAAUCGCACCGUCGCUCCAAGUCCGCUGGAAAUCCAGGGACGGCUCCAAAUUCGCCUCCAACGACCGCGGCGGCCACCUCCUCAACAACCCUAAUGAAAAAGUCCACACAGCCGUCUACUUCAACCUCUCCUCGGAGCAAGCCAGGCUAGGGAAGACCUGCAGACUAGUCUUCCGCCUGUCGAUGGACGACUGGGCAAUCAGCCAGUCGCCCGUUACCCCACCGCAGUUCGACCUUUACCGGCUCAAUGGGUGCCUCAAUGACAAGUACAGCUGGAACAACAAGGUGCUCCGUGGUGCCCAUGCGGGGAUUUUGACGCCGGUGAAGGGUGCCGCUGCGGACUAG